CCUUUGUUCUCCCACACAGGGCCCGGGAUGGCGCGUUCCACGACACAGCUCCUUAUCUUUUCCCUCUUGCAAGCUGCCCUCACCCUGAACCCUGAGGACCCCAAUGUGUGCAGCCACUGGGAGAGCUACGCCGUCACUGUCCAAGAAUCAUAUGCACACCCCUUCGAUCAGAUCUAUUACACGCGCUGCACAGACAUCCUGAACUGGUUCAAGUGCACCAGGCACCGGAUCAGUUAUAAGACAGCGUAUCGGCGAGGCCUCCGGACCAUGUACAGGCGGAGGUCCCAGUGCUGCCCUGGCUACUAUGAGAACGGAGACUUCUGCAUACCCCUGUGUACAGAGGAGUGCGUGCACGGCCGCUGCGUUUCCCCGGAUACCUGCCACUGUGAGCCUGGCUGGGGAGGGCCCGACUGCUCCAGCGGCUGCGACAGCGACCACUGGGGCCCCCACUGCAGCAACCGGUGCCAAUGCCAGAACGGCGCCCUGUGCAACCCCAUCACCGGCGCCUGCGUGUGUGCCGCCGGCUUCCGUGGGUGGCGCUGCGAGGAGCUGUGCUCACCCGGCACCCACGGCAAGGGCUGCCAGCUGCAGUGCCAGUGCCGCCACGGCGCCGGCUGUGACCCGCGUACCGGCGAGUGCCUCUGCGCGCCUGGCUACACCGGAGUCUACUGUGAGGAGUUGUGCCCUCCAGGCAGUCAUGGUGCUCACUGUGAGCUGCGCUGCCCCUGCCAGAAUGGGGGCACCUGCCACCACAUCACUGGCGAGUGUGCCUGCCCUCCAGGAUGGAUGGGAGCAGUGUGUGCUCAGCCCUGCCCACCAGGGACAUUUGGCCAGAACUGCAGCCAGGACUGUCCUUGCCACCAUGGAGGGCAAUGUGACCAUGUGACUGGACAGUGCCACUGUACAGCUGGAUACAUGGGGGACAGGUGCCAAGAGGAGUGCCCCUUCGGGACCUUCGGCUUCCAGUGCUCACAGCGCUGUGACUGCCACAACGGAGGUCAGUGUUCGCCCACCACGGGUGCCUGUGUGUGCGAGCCUGGCUACAAGGGUCCCCGCUGCCAGGAGCGGCUAUGCCCCGAAGGCCUGCAUGGCCCAGGCUGCACCCUGCCCUGCCCCUGUGAUGCCGACAACACCAUCAGCUGCCACCCGGUAACUGGAGCUUGCACCUGCCAGCCAGGCUGGUCUGGCCCCCACUGCAAUGAAUCCUGCCCUGCUGGCUACUAUGGUGAUGGCUGCCAACUGCCUUGCACCUGUCAGAACGGCGCUGACUGCCACAGCAUCACGGGGGGCUGCACGUGCGCUCCAGGCUUCAUGGGCGAGGUCUGUGCAGUGCCUUGUGCAGCAGGAACCUAUGGCCCCAACUGCUCAUCUGUCUGUAGCUGUAACAACGGUGGCACUUGCUCCCCAGUAGAUGGGUCCUGCACCUGCAAGGAAGGGUGGCAGGGCCUGGACUGCACUCUGCCAUGUCCCAGCGGGACGUGGGGCCUGAACUGCCAGGAGAAUUGCGCCUGUGCCAAUGGGGCAGACUGCAGCCCCGCAGACGGCACCUGCUCCUGCACCCCAGGCUGGCUGGGGGACACCUGUGAACUGCCCUGCCCGGAUGGCACAUUUGGGCUAAACUGCAGUGAACGCUGUGACUGCAGCCAUGCAGAUGGCUGCGAUCCCGUCACAGGCCACUGCUGCUGCCUGGCUGGAUGGACAGGCAUCCGCUGUGAUAGCACAUGUCCGCCUGGUCGCUGGGGCCCCAACUGCUCUGUCUCCUGCAGCUGUGAGAAUGGUGGCUCUUGUUCUCCAGAGGACGGGAGCUGCGAGUGUGCCCCUGGCUUCCGAGGACCCUUAUGCCAGAGAAUCUGCCCCCCUGGGCUCUAUGGCUAUAGCUGCACCCAGCCGUGCCCCCUCUGUGUGCACAGCAGUGGGCCCUGCCACCAUGUCAGCGGCAUCUGUGAGUGUCUCCCAGGAUUCUCUGGAGCCCUUUGCAACCAAGUGUGUGCUGGAGGCCACUUUGGGCAGGACUGUGCCCAGCUCUGUUCCUGUGCCAACAACGGGACCUGCAGCCCCAUCGAUGGCUCCUGCCAGUGCCUCCCCGGAUGGAUCGGCACGGACUGCUCACAGGCUUGCCCACCAGGGUUCUGGGGCCCUGCCUGCUUCCAUACAUGCAGCUGCCACAACGGGGCGAGCUGCAGCACCGAGGACGGGGCCUGCCACUGCACCCCUGGCUGGACUGGACUCUUCUGCACACAGCGCUGCCCAGCAGCGUUUUUUGGGAAGGACUGUGGGCGUGUAUGCCAGUGUCAGAACGGCGCCAGCUGUGACCACAUCAGUGGCAAGUGCACCUGCCGCACAGGCUUCACCGGACAGCACUGUGAACAGAGAUGUGCCCCAGGAACCUUUGGCUAUGGGUGUCAGCAGCUGUGUGAGUGCAUGAAUAAUUCUACCUGUGACCACGUCACUGGCACCUGUUAUUGCAGCCCUGGAUUCAAAGGAAUCAGGUGUGACCAAGCUGCCCUCAUGAUGGAGGAGUUGAAUCCCUAUACCAAGAUCAGCCCAGCACUGGGUGCAGAGCGGCACUCAGUGGGUGCUGUCACAGGCAUCAUCCUCCUGUUGUUCCUCAUUGUGGUACUGCUGGGCCUGUUUGCCUGGCGACGGCGGAGGCAGAAAGAGAAGGGCCGCGACUUGGCUCCCCGAGUCUCCUACACACCUGCCAUGAGGAUGACCAGCACAGACUACUCCCUCUCCGGAGCUUGUGGAAUGGAUAGAUGUCAGAACACAUACAUUAUGGACAAAGGGUUCAAAGAUUACAUGAAAGAAUCCGUGUGCAGUUCUAGUACUUGUUCCUUGAAUAGCAGUGAAAACCCUUACGCAACAAUUAAGGACCCACCCAUCCUCACCUGCAAACUUCCAGAGAGCAGCUAUGUAGAAAUGAAGUCGCCUGUGCACAAGGGGUCUCCAUACACAGAUGUGCCAUCCUUGUCGACAUGUAAUAAAAAUAUAUAUGAAGUUGAGCCCACAGUCAGUGUGGUCCAAGAAGGCCGCGGUCAUAACUCCAGCUAUAUCCAGAAUCCAUACGACCUACCUAAGAACAGCCAUAUUCCUGGUCACUAUGACCUUCUCCCAGUAAGACAGAGCCCUGCCAAUGGACCCACCCAGGACAAGCAGUCUUAAAAGGGAUAAGCUUCUCUCUGUCACAGCAUGCUCUGCUGAACAUUCUCUGACUUUCUGAAAGAAGACAAUCCCUUGACUUGAAAUAAUGGUACAGACUGACUCCAGCUGCAUGUUAGUUAUUGCGUUCUCCUGGAACUAAAGAAGAGUUUCCAUGUGGGACUGGGAUAAUUGUUCAAGGAAUUCUGUUAAAUCCUAUUACCCAUACCCAUCCCUCAAAUGCCCUGGAUUACAUGAUUUUUAAAAACAUUUUAAGAUAAAGCUACUUAUCAACAUCAGCUAAAUAUAGCAUAUGUAUGUGUAUAUAUAUAUAUUUAUCUGAAAUACAAUGCUUAAAAAAAGCAUAUAGGUGUUACAAACCCAGGAGGGGAAAGGAUUACUUUGAAGCACCUAAAAUGUAUGAUGUGCUUUUGGUUGCUGUUACCAUCAACUGUUUUUAUUACUGAAGAUAAUUAGUACAUAGACAUGAACUGUUUUAAUAUCAAUCCUGGAGUACCUGUACAAUAUGUCUGGUCCAUCAAAUUACAACAGCCAAGUUUACAGAGUUUAGUGUAUAGUUUAAUGCUGAUAACUUCCAUUUUUUGAAAACAAGACUUUAAUAAAUACAGAUUAACUUUCUUUCUUCUGCCCCAUAAGUAACAGUAGAUUGGGGUGGAGGGGUGGGGACAUUUCCAAAGCACAACAGUCUCUUUCAGUCUAUGAUAGGAAUUUGUAGGGCAGCUUUAGAAAACUUUACCAAUUCAAAGUUUAAGAACAUUGCGAGUCAGCCCUGGCCUUGUCAGAUCUCGUUAGUCCACCCAACACCUGAGUUAUUCCAUAUGAAAUGGGGCUCUAUGAUGUUUUUAAGUAAGCAACCAGAGACUGGUUAAGAAGUGUCCCUAAAAAUGGCUAUAUGGCCUCCCCAAUUUUAGUUGGUUGGUAUCCCUUGACUCAGAAGAGUACUUGCAUUCAAGCAUUUCUUCAUAAAUCUUGACCUUGAUGUAGUAUGGAACCUAAAAGUGUAGAAGAAAUUAGACAAAAGUGGAUACAGCAUGUUUAUGCUCCUUAAAGUGCAUUAUGCUUUUUGAUGGAAUGCUUUUUAAAUGAAAUGAUCAAAGAAAGAAUGGACUGUAACCAGCUGCUGUAACAUGAUGUAAAACUUUAUCGUAAACAGCAUAUGAGGAUGUGAAGUGCUUCUGCUGUAGAACUUAAAACCACUACUAAGAUGACCAGAUAUGUAUUACGAUGAGCUAAUGCUCCAGAUUCCACUACUGAUGAACACAGGUAAACUGAGCCUCAGACAAGUCAAAAUGCAGCCAACUCCCAAGCCCUACAGAGGACCUCCUCAAAGAACUUAAAAACAAAAAGGGCAAACCUAGAAUCUAAUGUCCACCCCUAUGCCACUCCAUUCUCUAAUAUAGUCUAACCAGUAAAAAACACUUUCAAAAAGGUAUACAGAAGAAGACCUAAGUAACUACAAAGCUGGAAUACUGCCACAGGAAGUGUGAGAGUUCUGAAACCCUUAAUACAAAUUGGAAGUCUGCCACAAAACCCAUUAGUUUGGACAAUAACCAGGAAAAGAAAGAAAAUAAGUAAUUCCCCUUCCCCCAUUCUAAGGUAUAAGCAAAUUUUAUUGUUAAGAGAAAAAUAUGUAAUAUUUACAUGCAUGCUGCAUGUGUGCAUGGGAGCAAGCGACCAGCAACAAUAAAUUUACUUUCCAAAAAAGCCUUAUUAAGAUAUAAAUACUAGAAAAUUACUUUGUAAACCCAAGUAAAUAUUUCUCAUUCAUAUGUAGAAGGAAAUAUAGGUGAGAGACUUACCUUGUUAUUUCAGGGCAGCAAGUGCCCAAUUAUCUUUGUGAAGCAAGGAUGAAGAAGCGUAAGAAGUCAGAUCAGCAAGGAGAAACUCCAUCUCAAACUCAGGUUUUUAUCUUCUUCCCUUAUCCUGCAUGUACAAUAACUGCUACCUGGCAAACUGCAAACAAGCAGCAUCACUCAAGUUUCACCUCUGUUUUGCUAAGUGUCCUCUGGCCAAAGGUAUUCAGCAAGAGGUGGAAGGGCUAGAGCACUGAGUCAAGAGAUUACAGUGUUACUCUGGUCAAGUAAAUUGCCCUCUCUGGACUCCUUUUCCCCACUCAUGCACAAAAGAGAAGAAAAGCGGAGUGAGAAGGGAACUCUAACAGCCCUUCUGCUCUAGCAUCCUAUGGACUUUUAGAAGAAAUUUAAUACCACACAAAUCAGGCAGUACAGAUCACAAGGGAAAAGUAGAGGAUAUGAUUAAUCUACAGCUACAAUUCUUGCCUUCACAUAUCUAAGAGUUGCCAGUAAAAGACAUUUCAAUUCUAUAAAGCAAAGCAACUGUUAGAAACUUCUGCCUAACGCUGUCACAAACAGGUUAGUGGUCAGCCUAAACUUGUGCACUGUGCAUUUUAUUGAUGACUUAGAAAAAUCUGUUCAAUUAUUUUUCAAAAACUAAAUUUUCAAUCAAAUGAAUUGAUAUGCAUACAAUUCAAAUGGAUAAAAGAAACACAAUUAUCGUACAAUAGCAUAAAUGACACUAUGAAAUGGCAAUACUUUUUUAAACCACAGAUUUGUAAUAUAUUUGUUCACUGUGCAGAGGGAUUAUAACUUGUACAAAAUAAAUUUCUCAAACUAAUUUAACAAGAAUGCCUACUGUUGUAUUGCUAAUACACCUUAGGUUAAGGGCAGAACUAACCUACAUCUUGUAUGGGCACUUUAAGCACCUGGAAGAGUUAGAAUUAUUCCAAAGAUGCUUGAAAAUAAAGUGAAA